AUGAAGGUUUUUCUUCCGGCCACCUUCCCUACUCUUAAUCAGUACCGUGCCAAUCUGUAUCGGUACUAUUUCAAGCGUUCCUGGGGACUGAAGCAACUCGAGAAAUUGAAUAUAAAUUUGGACACUGUCAAUAGCAUUCUGAACGAGGGUUUGGUCGAGAACGACGAAAUCUGCUACAUCUGCGGAGAUGGCGGCGAUUUGCUUCUCUGCGACGGCGGCUGCGCGCGCGGCUAUCACUUGAGCUGCCUGAAUUUGACGUCCGUUCCCGAGGGAGAGACGUGGCUGUGUCCGUACUGCGCUCGGCAGAAAGAGAAAGCGAGGGCGGCUGCGGAGAAGAAGGAAGUGGCGGCGCCAGGCGAAGAAGACGAAGACUUCUUGGAUCCCGGGUUUUUGCCUGUGCAGAACUCGAAGAGCCAUCGAGUUUCUGGCAAUGCGAAAAAGGGGAAUCGUGGAAAGAAGGCGGAUUUGGACCCGGAUGCGACGAUUGGAAAGGAGCGGAAGGGAAGUACGCGACUGGUCGAUCGCGUGUAUUCGGAAGAGAGCUUGAAGAAUACGAAGCUGUAUCGAUGCAUCGUCGAGAAUUGCAACGCGAUGAGCGCGAAUCGAACAGCCAUGCUCUCACACGCGUAA